UCUCCUCAUCCUCUUCAUUUUUAAGAAGAGAGAGAAUCAAAACCCUCUCCAAAAUCCUCUCUCUCUCUCUCUCCCUCCCUAUCUCUCUCUGUCUCAUGGCGGCGAGAAACAGAGACAGCGAGUUCUGGCUCCCCUCCGAUAUCCUCACCGACGACUUCUUCGCUGACGGAGAAAAGCCCGGCGAGAGCGACGACGACGACGACCCAGUUGCUGCUUUAGCUCGACAGUUGAUGGGCCACUCUCUAGCUCGAAGGCCAACCUCGAAGGCUUCGGCGCCCAUGGCGACGUCGCCUCAGUCGACGCUGAGCGGUCUCGGGAGCUGGUCUUUCUCGAGCUACGAUAGCCCAGACGGCCCAUCUCAGGUCUCGUCACCGCCGUCGACGCCGUUUCAAGAGAAAGAAGGUUUGGAUCUGCUCUGCUCUGCUGCAGGCCAAGUCGAGAGAUUGGGCCCCAACUGUGAAUUCUCUCGCGGGCCUCUCGGCCCAUGUCACUCUCAUUAUCUUCGCCCCUACUCGAAUCAAGAUCUCCUCCGCCAACGCCUUCAGCAAGCUCGCUUUUAUGAGCUGAGGAGACGGCAACUCAUAAAGCAGCAGCAAGAGCAAGAGUUCCUCGCCGCCGUUUAUCGACGCCCGCAGGAGAACAGAGCGAGAAUCGCUAACGCCGUUUAUGGGGUUAACGGCGUCCAUCAGCGACGUCAGCAGCCAGUUUCGAGAUCUGGGAUGACGCCCGUCCUUUUCGACGGCGCCAGACGGCGGUCCAACGGCACCGGCGUCUUUCUGCCACGUCGUACCCCAAUCGAGCCCAAAAGGCAACCUGCUUGUUCUCCUGUUCUGCUCCCGGCGGGAGUUGUUCAGGCGUUGAACUUGAAUGUGGAUGAAAUGGGGACUCUCCCUCGCCUCCCUGGUUAUUAUUAUGUUUCCGAAAAUGCUGCUGUGAUGGGUGGAAGCAAUUUGAAGAGAAAUCAGGAGGUUUGUCUUCCUCAGGAUUGGUCCUACUGAUUCUACCGCUGACAAGUAAAAUGUGAAGUUUUAGUAUUAUUAGUAGUUUUUUUAGCUGAAGAAAAUUUGAAAGAAUUACAGCUGGGGGUGAUAGAUUUUGUUGGGGGAAAUGAAGGAUUUUUUUUUACAGCUGGGUUAUUUUGGGAAAGCUGAUAUUAAGCCAAAGGGGGUAGUUAGGUUGAAAUAAAAUAGAGUUUGUGGGUUCGAAUGGAAGCGGAGGGGGUAGUUUUGUAAUAAGAUCUAGUGUUAUUUUUGUCUUUUGUCUCUUUUUUUAAACCCCCUCUAUAUUCUCAGUGGCGGAGGUCAAUUUGAUUUUGUUGGGGACCGCUGCCAACUGAAGCGUUUACAUGUAAUGAUGAAAAGAUAUUGCAUUAUGUUUUAGUAUUUUGCAGUGGCUUUAA